AUGGCCCAGCCCGUCAUCGGUCCCGCCCUGAGCGGCACAGGCCGGCACUGGGCCACCCAACUCGCCCUCGCCGUCUCGUUCCUCAAGCAGGUCAACCGCCCGAUCCGCCUCGAGGACCUCGCCUUCGAGUCCAACGUACAGGCCCUCCUCACCAACCACGACCUCGUGCACGCCCUCGCAAACCACGACCGCGUCCGCCACGACGAGCGCACCGGGCUCUUCUCGUACAGACCCGACUACAUCCUCUCGUCCAAGGCCGACCUCCUGUCGCUCCUGCGCCGCCACUCGCCUCAAGGUGGCCUCCCCGUCAAGAAGCUGCGCGAGUCGUGGACCGGCGCCCAGCAGGCCAUCGAGGACCUCGAGCGCGAGGGUCGCGUUCUCGUCACUCGCACGGGCAAGACCGAGAUGGCCGAGAAGGAUGGCCAGAUGAAGAUGGUCUUCCUCGACGACAUUGGCCGCGAGCGCGACCCGCUCGACCAGGAGUUCAAGGACCUGUGGCGCUCGCUCAAGACGCCCGUCGGCGACGACCUCGCCCUCGAGCUGCAGCAGGCCGGUCUCGUCGCCUCGUCGGGCGCGCCUCCACCGCCGACGACCAAGAAGAAGGCGGGCAAGGGGCGCAAGGGCCCCGGCAGCUCGAACCGCAAGUUCAAGAUCACCAACACGCACCUCAAGGACCAAGGGAUCGACCUGUCCAAGGACUAUGUGCCGCAGCGGUGA